UAUUCCUAAACAUGGCCGUCACUGUCAGAAUCGCUCAUGUGAUAUCAUGGUUCUUUCUGUUUACAGUGGCUAACUGUGAAAGAGUGAGCAACAAGACUUACGUGGAGAUCAAUGGCGUGUCUGCCUGCUUCAGACGAUUCAAUGCCACUCAUCAAGUUGGAUGUACUUCUAAAGCGUCUGGGAAUGUUGGGGUGGUCUACUAUGUGGAAUCCAUUAACGAUAUCAACUAUAUAAUCAAGGAGGCAAACCAGCCACCAUACGCCAUCCUCAUGGGACCGGAGUUGUUCACCCUGAAAAAUGUGCAGAAUUUAUGGAAUUCUGGAAAGAUCAAUGGAAUGAUGGUGAUACAUUUGGACACAACUCCUAUACCGGACACGUUCUCUCCGGACACCACCUGUCCUAAUGACCCAUAUGGUCUGUACCAUGGUAACAGUGACUAUGGCAACUGUAGGGAGGGGCAGUGGAACCUCAAUGGUAACAGUAUGAUGUUCCAUGAUUACGCCUUCCCCAUCUUUGUGAUGAAGGAUGAAGAGGAAGUGAACUACUUGAUACAUGAUUGUUUUGAGAGUUUCAACAAACCAAUUGAUGGAAAUCCGCGGAACUACCCCCUUUGUGCUGUUGAAUUAAAGGACAGUAUGUCUGGGUCCAAGGAUUCUGUGACGUGUAUCCGUCGUAACAAUAUGCAAGCCAGCCUCGAUCCUGAGACGUAUUGUGACCCUCUUGGUGAUAAAAAUAUUGUGGCUCCCCUGAAGUCUGUACCUAGUACAGAGGACUACCCGGACAACUCUGUCAUAGUGGCAGCUGCAAGGAUGGACACAUUUUCCAUGUUUGAAAAUGAAUACCCUGGAGCUGACAGUCAUGUGACAGGAAUUGUCGGACUACUCGCUGCAGCUGAGGCCAUCGGUAAAGUAAAGGAGAGCAUCAUCAAGGGAGACAACUCCAAAGAUAUUCUGUUUGCCUUCUUCCAGGGUGAGGCCUUUGAUUACAUCGGUAGCAGUCGAACUGUGUAUGACAUGGAAAAGGAUAAGUUUCCUCAGGAACCAGUAUCCGGGGAGACCCACGUCCAUCCCAUCAACCUUCAACAUAUAUCUCACUUCGUAGAGGUUAGCCAGCUCGGUCUCCGUGACGAUGACAAGCUAUGGAUUCAUACUGACCCAAUUAGUGUGAAAAGUAGCAAGAAAAUUUCUGAAGAGGUAGAUGUAAUGAUAAAAAACAUCACAGACUUGGCCAGGAUGGUUGAUUUAGACAUUGGUAACAUCACCACAAACAAACCCCUACCACCUUCUUCUGUCCAGCGCUUCCUGAAGAAAAGGCAGAUACCAGCCAUUGUCAUGACUGAUCACCAAGGCAGCUUCACCAAUAAGUACUACAAUAGCAGGUUUGACCGUGCCUCUACAAUACAGGCAAACUCUACCAGUUACGAUAUGGUCACAGAACAGGCACAAAAAUUGACCAAGGUCGCUACCACACUGGCAAGAUCACUGUUCCUCCUGGCAACGGAUGGGAAUACGACUGAGGUCGAGGCGAAUGUAACAAGUGUGACACACAUGCUCUAUUGUUUCCUGAUCAACAAAACCUGUGACCUAUUCCAGGAAAUCAUUGAUGAAGACAACUUGGACACAUUAUUGGAAAGUUCUACCCCAUACCCAUUCUACGUGGGGGUUACCACCACAAAUAACCACGUGACAAGUCUGACGAAGCGCCUCCUGAGUUUGUAUCUAGGAGAUCGGAAGGUCAACGUUACAAAGGACAACUGUAAUACUCCAGACAAGGAUAAGGUAUAUGAAUACACAUGGAUGCAAGGUCCACUGAAAACUGACCAAACACGUGAAGGAGUCUGUAUACAGAGUUCUGUGAGCCUCACUUCUGCAAAAUCUCCAGCCUUCGACAUCACAGAUUAUGACUGGACUUCUGGUGAAUUUUCCACUUGGACAGAAAGUAGUUGGAAGCAAGAUGCAAUCAGCAUUCGUGUGUUUCUCAUCCCGAGUGAACAGAUGGAGGUGGUGUUACUCUGCUCUGGUUUGGCCCUGUUUGUCGUUUCAUUGGCCAUUUCAUAUUUCAUCAACAAGAAGUCUUCAAUAUUGUUCCAAACACCCCAGAACUUAGACCCUCCAACAGAAAACUCCAGAAUAUGAAAAAAUAGUAUAUAGAGACAAUUAUAUUGGCCUCUGGAGUAAUCCUCACCCUGCUGUCCUUGCUGUUGGGCUACUUCAUCAACGCUAGAGCUGGAAUCAUCUUCUCCUCAACGCAUUCCUCCAGAUAUUUCUCUUAUUGAGGGCAGGAUUCAACAGGCUACCAUAGAGUACCUGUCGUUAUCAAAUAUAACAGUCGCAGAGGAGCUGUUGUGUCAUUAUAACAGAUACUGUCAGAGGAUUUGUCAUGUCAUUAUAAUAGAUACCCUCAGAGGAGUUGUCAUGUCAUUAUAACAGAUACUGUCAGAGGAUUUGUCAUGUCAUUAUAACAAAUACCCUCAGAGGAGUUGUCAUGUCAUUAUAACAUACUCUCAGAGGAGUUGUCAUGUCAUUAUAACAGAUACUCUCAGAGGAGUUGUCAUGUCAUUAUAACAGAUACCCUCAGAGGAGUUGUCAUGUCAUUAUAACAGAUACCCUCAGAGGAGUUGUCAUGUCAUUAUAACAGAUACCCUCAGAGGAGUUGUCAUGUCAUUAUAACAGAUACUCUCAGAGGAGUUGUCAUGUCAUUAUAACAGAUACCCUCAGAGGAGUUGUCAUGUCAUUAUAACAGAUACCCUCAGAGGAGUUGUCAUGUCAUUAUAACAGAUACUCUCAGAGGAGUUGUCAUGUCAUUAUAACAGAUACCCUCAGAGGAGUUGUCAUGUCGUUAUAACAGAUACUCUCAGAGGAGUUGUCAUGUCGUUAUAACAGAUACUUUCAGAGGAGUUGUCAUGUCAUUAUAACAGAUACUGUCAGAGGAGUUGUCAUGUCGUUAUAACAGAUACUCUCAGAGGAGUUGUCAUGUCAUUAUAACAGAUACUCUCAGAGGAGUUGUCAUGUCAUUAUAACAGAUACCCUCAGAGGAGUUGUCAUGUCAUUAUAACAGAUACUGUCAGAGGAGUUGUCAUGUCAUUAUAACAGAUAUUCUCAGAGGAGUUGUCAUGUCAUUAUAACAUACCCUCAGAGGAGUUGUCAUGUCAUAAUAACAUACCCUCAGAGGAGUUGUCAUGUCAUUAUAACAGAUACUCUCAGAGGAGUUGUCAUGUCAUUAUAACAGAUACCCUCAGAGGAUUUGUCAUGUCAUUAUAACAGAUACCCUCAGAGGAGUUGUCAUGUCAUUAUAACAGAUACUCUCAGAGGAGUUGUCAUGUCGUUAUAACAGAUACUGUCAGAGGAGUUGUCAUGUUAUCAAAUAUAACAAAUACUUGCGGAGGCAUUGAUGUGAUAUUGGAUCCUCUCAGAUUUAACUGUUGUUGUCAUUAGAUACUUUUAGAGGAGCUAUUGUUACCAAAUGUAAGAGAUACACGCAGUGGAUAUGUCGCGUAUGUUAUCAGAUAUAAUAGGAGAUUCUUGUCGUGGAGCUGUUGUGAUAUCCAAUAUAACAGAUACCUUGCAGAUUAACUGUUGUGUUAUCUUUAGAUAUUAUAUAGAUAUUCUCAGAGGAGCUGUUAUCAAAUAUAACAGAUACUCGCAGAGAAUAUGUCAUGUUAUCAUUUAUUACAAAUAUUUUGAAUAAUCUUAUAUUGUGAAAUGAUGGGAAAUAUUACAAAUAAGUGACUAUGUGGUAUUAUGUAUGACAGAAUAAAUGAUGGUAAGCAUUGUGGUAGAAGCGUUGUGGUAUCUUGUAUGACAGAAUAAAUGACGGUAAGUGUUGUGGUAUAUUGUAUGACAGAAUAAAUGAUUGGUAAGUGUUGUGGUAUCUUGUAUGACAGAAUAAAUGACGGUAAGCGUUGUGGUAUAUUGUAUGACAGAAUAAAUGAUUGGUAAGCGUUGUGGUAUCUUGUAUGGCAGAAUAAAUGAUUGGUAAGCGUUGUGGUAUUUUGUAUGACAGAAUAAAUGAUUGGUAAGCGUUGUGGUAUAUUGUAUGACAGAAUAAAUGAUUGGUAAGCGUUGUGGUAUCUUGUAGGACAAAAUAAAUGACGGUAAGCAUUGUGGUAUAUUGUAUGACAAAAUAAAUGAUUGGUAAGCGUUGUGGUAUCUUGUAUGACAGAAUAAAUGAUGGUAAGCGUUGUGGUAUCUUGUAUGACAGAAACAAUUAUUGGUAAGCGUUGUGGUAUUUUGUAUGACAGAAUAAAUGAUUGGUAAGCCUUAUGGUAUCUUGUAUGACAGAAUAAAUGAUUGGUAAGCGUUGUGGUAUAUUGUAUGACAGAAUAAAUGAUUGGUAAGCAUUGUGGUAUUUUGUAUGACAGAAUAAAUGACGGUAAGCGUUGUGGUAUAUGUGGAUUGACCCUUCAUAUUAAGUGUGUAAUCCAGUGAUGUCCAUGUUGUAAUUUAACUGUUAUGGACCUUAGUGAACCUGUUACAGCCAUCACCUUCCUAACAGUUGGAUAUAACAACCUCAUGAUCAGGGGUCAGACAAUGUCUGCUACACUAAGUAUACCAUUUAGCUGACUUUAUUUUUACUCCAACUGUCAUGUUACAUUUCUCAUAAGUUGUAUCAUCAAUGUCUUUUUCAUUCAUACUUCUUGUAUAAAAAUUGACACAAUCUGUUGUAUGAGUAAAAUAUGUGAUGUUU